AGCUAUGUUCUCCUAUAAAUACGUCGUUAGCUUAGCAUCUUCCUCGUACGGAAGAGAACAGAGCAGCACAAUUAUCUUCGUUCCUUGACUUUCCCUUGGAAAAGCUGAAACUGAAAAAUGCCUCUCAAGCUGCUGGACGCCACCAUCUCCACCUUUGACAGUGUGUUCGAGAAAUUCAGAGCAGAAGCCCCAAAGAACAAAGCCAAUCUCAUCCUCUUCUUGGCUGACAAAGACCCUUCUACCUCUCUCAGCUGGUGCCCUGAUUGUGUGAGAGCAGAACCUGUAAUCUACAAAAAGCUGGAAGCUACAGCUGAUGAUGUUGCACUUCUGAGAGCAUAUGUCGGAGAUAGACCAACAUGGAGGAAUCCGGUGCACCCGUGGAGAGUAGACUCAAGGUUUAAGCUGACUGGAGUUCCAACACUAUUCCGCUGGGAAAAUGAUGCGAUCAAGGGUCGCCUUGAAGACCAUGAAGCGCAUGUUGAAAGCAAAAUCGAUGCACUUGUUGCUGGAAAUUAAGUUUAUCGUUUGAAUAUCUAAUAUGGUUGAAUUUGCGUGUGUUUUAUGACUUGUUAGACUGGUGACCUUUUUGUACUCUGCACUUAAUAGUUUAAAAAUAAAUAAAUUCAUAGUUUAGCAACAAUAAAAAUAAGGUGCUCCAUGGUUGUUAUAGCCAGUUGAGAUGUUGCCAAUUGUUCUUGUUGCUUCUGUGAACUUGUCUGUGAUUAGAGUCUUGCAGGAUUCCAAUUCGACAAGAAUUAAUAAUAAAUGGAUUGGGUUACGAAUCA